AUGGGAGGAGGAAUACACCGCCAGGAUGGACCUGCAGGAGAAGGUGGCAGAACUGGAGGAGGACCUCCAGGAGAGUGAGGUGUGUCAGGAUGAGUUGUCUCUGCGGGUGAAGCAGCUGAAGGCCGAACUCGUUCUCUUCAAGGGUCUCGUCAGUAACAACUUGUCCGAUCUCGACAGUAAGAUCCAGGAAAAGGCCAUGAAGGUGGACAUGGACAUCUGCCGCCGCAUCGACAUCACCGCUCGCCUCUGUGACGUCGCCCAGCAGAGGAACUGCGAGGACAUGAUUCAGAUCUUUCAGCAGGUGGCCACGCCCCCCUCCACUCUGAACCGCCGCGCCAGGAAGCCGAGCGGCCAGUCGGCGAGGGGCGGGGACGCAGACGAUCUGAGCGUGUCCGAGAGCGAGGGAGGCGGGGCUAAAGACGAAGAGUCGUGCAGCACGUCGGCCAAUCAGAUCAACGAGCAGAUGCAGAAGAUGCUGAAUCAGCUAGUUCACACGAUACAACCUCAGCCGCAGGACGAGUCCAUCGAGAAAGUGAUUAAAGACACCGAGUGUCUGUUCAAGUCCAGGGAGAAGGACUAUCAGGACACUAUCGACCAGAUCGAGUUGGAUCUGGCCACAGCCAAGAGCGACAUGAACCGUCACCUGCACGAGUACAUGGAGAUGUGUUCAAUGAAAAGAGGCCUGGACGUCCAGAUGGAGACGUGCAGGAGGCUGAUCACACAGAGCGGAGACAGGAAGUCCACCUCGCUCGUCCCCCUGACAGUGGACGACAUCGAUGAGAAGGAGACGAAGAAGCCGGCUCUGCCCGCCAACCCGGAGAGCGGCGACUCUUACCGCGAUGCCAAUGCCGCCAUCCCUCCUCUGGCCUGGAGGAAACCCUGACAUGCGCCGCCGGUUCUCUGUCAUCACUUCCCACCGAUCAUCUUCUCGUACCCUCGAGCUGCUUGAGGAAAACUUUGAUUCUACGUCCAGGUGUGUUUCUUUCGCUGAGUUGAAAUCAGCAGAUCAACUUUAAUCUUCUCUGAAAACAUCUUCAGCAGAAGAUUUGGAACAAAAGGUGGAUUUGUGUCUCAGGCGGCUGGAAACUUCUACCGACGUCCUGAAGGACGAACGUAAUUUGCUCAUGAGGUUUAUUCAAAAACAGAAAAAAGAAACAAUCGCUGAGUUCUGUUUGUUUUCCUGCACGACGACAUCAUCAGGACGAAUUUUCUUUUAGUUUCCACCUCUGACUUUAAAUGAAUAUGGCCGACACGACAGCUUCCAAAAGUGAAGCCAACGCUUCUUGAUCGCCCCCUGGUGGCUGACUACAGUAUGGGUCGUUAACCUCCAUGUUAGCAGGCGGGACAUGGACUGAACUAAAAACUCAAAGUAGUCGUUGAAUGUUUGUCAGAGAUGGUUUCGAUCUUAUCUCGCCGAUGUUUGUUCCAGUGUUUCUGAUCCGUUUGGUUUGAAUCAGUUGUCGAUGAUAUAAAAAGGGCUCAUGAUUGACAGCUGAGACUGACUCCUGAUUGGACGAUCACUACUGCACAGACUCUGACUCCAAAGGACACAAGAUGGCGGCGUUUGUAUCCAACAUAUUCUGGCUUCAUUUUUGUGCGACUGGAGGAAGUGGAGACGCCUCGUCCGUCUUUAUUUGCAGUUAAAGUCUCAUCUCGCUGUUCAGUUGCACAAUUUCUGCAAAGAUGCCUUUUUUAAAGACGGAGCACAGACGGGAGGAAACGCACAAAGAAGGUUUGCACAUGAUGAAAUGUUCAUUAUAAGAGUUAAGACGUAUUUAUUACAUGAACCGUUGAUUUCCACUUAUUAUAGCGAGAAGUUUAUUUUGCUUCUGUAUUUUCGUGUUGCACGUAUGGUAGAAGCUCUACCUUCACUCUCUGGGUCUGGACUGUCGCUGCACUGACAACAUGACGGUGAGAAGUGAAUUUAAUCAAAGUCCCAACAAGCCUUAAAUAAAUAUCCAACAUUUGGGGACAUCGUCUCUGAUGAACAGAUAAAUGUCCUGAAAUCCUAUUAAAAGGUUAAAUCCCCCUAUUUUCUAUAAGAUGUCACAGUCCACAAUAGAAACCAUCAAACCUUAUUUUUAAGAUUAAAGAUUAGAUUGAUUUCUGAAACAACGCUCGAGCCUGAAGCCGAGAACGUGCUCUGUAUUGUUUGUGGAAAUUUGCUGUUUUAUUGGCCUGAGUUAGACUUUGAUGCUCUACAGGUCCAGAGAAAUGAUCCUUAAAGUUCUAAUAUUCAGAGUCAAAAUCACUAAAUACAACUCACAGAAAAUAUUCACAAUAAUGAGAACAAGUAAGUUGAAUAGACUUUUUUGUUGGUGUCCAGCCGGAAGCCUUCUUAGAGACGCGAGAUCGCAAUGAGGGAAUUUGGACAAGUUGAAAAAUCCUGACUUCACUGACAUUAUGAUUUACAUUAUUAUAUUAUAUAUAUUCAACCGUCAC